AAAAUCGACUACCGAAUGAAAUCGACUAAAAUUGUGAGCAGUGACAUGCAACGGCACAUCACUUCACAACAAUAAAACAACAGCUGUCAAAAUAAACACGAUAUUUUAUUUUUGUGUUUGUGUUACAUUUGUAUAAAACACAAUGGAUGACUCAGAACUGGACCCAUCAGAGCUAGGAACACAGGAAUACUGGCAGAGGGCUUACAUAAGAGAAAUAGAGAACUUCGAGGAGAGUGGAGACAGCGGGGAGGUCUGGUUUGGUGAGGACAGCGCUGACCGAGUGAUCGACUGGAUCUGUAACUCUGGGCUGGAUAAGGAUACUGCUGUUAUUGAUUUAGGUUGUGGCAACGGCUACACGCUCACAGAGCUGGCGCGGGAGGGCUUCACCAACCUGACCGGAGUGGACUACUGCCAGGAGGCUAUAAUUCUCGCUGAGAAGGUGUCACAGGCAGAGUUCCCACACAUUAAGUACAAGGUGUUUGAUAUAACGCAGGACUGUGUGAAGGAGCUGGGUAAAUUUGGCAUAGUUCACGAUAAAGGAACAUACGAUGCCAUCGGACUCAACCCUGAGGACCCGAAGACGUGUAGAGAGAAAUACAUUGAACAAGUCGACAACUUACUAAGCGAUGAUGGUCUAUUCAUAAUAACUUCAUGUAAUUGGACGGAGGAAGAACUAAUAAAGCAUUUUUCUGAAAAAAUGAAGCUGAAACGUGUGCUACCGACUCCACAGUUUAGGUUUGGCGGGAAAGUAGGCAGUGUCGUGUCAUCAGUAGUGUUUGAAAAGAAAUGAUUAAAAAUAUAUUUUACUAUUGUCAUAAA